CCAUGGACGACGGCUCCUUCGUACAGCACAGCGUGCGGGUCCUCCAGGAGCUCAACAAGCAGCGGGCGAAGGGCCAGUACUGCGACGCCACCCUGGACGUAGGGGGUCUGGUGUUCAAGGCCCACUGGAGCGUGUUGGCCUGCUGCAGCCACUUCUUCCAGAGCCUCUCUGGGGAGGGCUCGGGGGGCAGCAUCGUGCUCCCAGCCAUCUUCGCAGAGAUCUUCGGGCUCCUCCUGGACUUCUUCUACACGGGCCACCUCGCCCUCACGUCUGGCAACAGGGAUCAGGUACUCCUGGCGGCCAAGGAGCUGCGGGUGCCGGAGGUGGUGGAAUUGUGCCAGAGCUUCAAACCCCACGUGCCCGCCGGCCCAGCAGCGGGCGGCCCCAGCAGAGGGGUCCCCCGAGGUGGUGGUGGCUGCGGGCCGGAACCUGCCGGCCUGGAGGAAGAGGAAGUGGUGAAGACCCUGGGUCACGUCUCCAAGGAUUCCGAAUUCAGCAACAGCAACAGCCCUCCGAGGCCUCCGCUUGGUCUCCCCCUUCCGAGCGACAGCCCCCCUUUCCUGCGUGGGAAACUCAAGCAGGCCCUGAAGCUUUGUCCUCCUGAAGAUGACAAGGAGCCUGAGGAUUGCAAAGUGGCCCCCAGACCCUUUGAGGCAGAAAGUGUCCAGCUGGAGGGCGGGAGCAACGAGUGGGAAGUGGUGGUUCAGGUGGAGGAUGACGCGGACGGGGACGACGUGUCGGAGACAGAGACGGAGCUGGUGCAGGCCCGGAGGAAAGCAGACGUGCUUGGCCAGGCCGGGGACAGCGGCAAAGGCCCCGCGGUGCCCGUUGAGUGCCCGACGUGCCACAAAAAGUUCCUCAGCAAAUACUACCUGAAAGUCCACAACAGGAAACACACGGGGGAGAAGCCCUUCGAGUGCCCCAAGUGUGGCAAGUGUUAUUUUCGGAAGGAGAACCUUCUAGAACAUGAAGCCCGGAACUGUGUGAACCGCUCAGAACAGGUCUUCUCGUGCUCCGUGUGCCAGGAACCCUUCCGGCGCAGGAUGGAGCUGCGGGUCCACAUGGUGUCGCACACGGGCGAGAUGCCGUACAAGUGCUCGUCCUGCUCCCAGCAGUUCAUGCAGAAGAAGGAUCUGCAGAGUCAUAUGAUCAAGCUGCACGGAGCCCCCAAGCCUCAUGCUUGCCCCACCUGCGCCAAGUGCUUCUUGUCCCGCACGGAGCUGCAGCUGCACGAGGCCUUCAAGCAUCGUGGGGAGAAGCUGUUCGUGUGCGAGGAGUGUGGGCACCGGGCCUCGAGCCGCAAUGGACUGCAGAUGCAUAUCAAGGCCAAGCACAGGAACGAGAGGCCGUACGUCUGCGAGUUCUGCAGCCACGCGUUCACUCAGAAGGCCAAUCUCAACAUGCACCUGCGCACGCACACGGGCGAGAAGCCCUUUCAGUGCCACCUAUGUGGCAAAACCUUCCGAACUCAAGCCAGCCUAGACAAGCACAACCGCACCCACACGGGGGAGCGGCCCUUCAGCUGCGAGUUCUGUGAGCAGCGCUUCACCGAGAAGGGCCCUCUGCUGCGGCAUGUGGCCAGCCGUCACCAGGAAGGCCGCCCCCACUUCUGCCAGAUCUGCGGGAAGACCUUCAAAGCGGUGGAACAGCUGCGUGUGCAUGUCCGACGGCACAAAGGGGUGAGGAAGUUCGAGUGCACAGAGUGUGGCUACAAGUUCACCCGCCAGGCGCACCUGCGGAGGCACCUGGAGAUCCACGACCGCGUGGAGAACUACAACCCACGGCAGCGCAAGCUCCGGAACCUGGUCAUCGAGGACGACAAGGUGGUGGUGGCGCUGCAGCAGCCGGCCGAGCUGGACGUGGGCUCUGCCAAGGUCAUUGUGGAGUCCCUGGCCCAGGGUGGCCUGGCGGCCCCACUCCCCAGCAUCCCCGAACCUCCCCUGAUCAUCACCGCCGCCAUCCCCGAGGACUGUGACACGUAGCUCCCCCACCCCCAAUAAACCUGUGACUCUGAA